CUAAAGUAUCAUCAGAUCGAAGCAUCACGUCAACGAUCAUCCACCGAGUUACAGUUUCGAGUUUGGAAUCGCAUCGUUGAACGUGAUUUUCAAGAUGAUCAAGACCGCGACGAUUUUACUCGCUCUCGCGAUGUGCGCUACAGCCUCGUUCCAGAGAGGAUCCAACGGUGGACAACAAGGAGGUAGAUGGUCCCAAGGUGGACGACAAGAAGGAUUCGGUGGUUGGCAGCAGAGAGGAAUCGGCGGACAGGGAGAAUCCCGUUGGCAGCAAGGAGGAAUCGGUGGAGCGCAGGCAGGAAUCGGUGAACAAGGAGGAUUCGGUGGACAGCAAGGAGGAUUCGGUGGUUGGCAGCAGAGAGGAUUUGGAGGACAGAGAGAAUCUGGCUGGCAGCAGGGAGGAAUCGGUGGAGCGCAGGCAGGAAUUGGUGGAUUUGGUGGUCAAGGAGAAUCUCGUUUGCAACAUGGUGUAAUCCGUGGAGCGCAAGCGGGAAUCAGUGAACAAGUUGUAGGAUUCGGUGGAAGGCAAAGAGAACUUGGUGGGCAGCAAAUUGGACUCGGUGGACAAGAAGUAGCUUUUGGUGGACAGCAAGGAGGAUUCGGUGGAAAACUGGGAGGAUUUGGUGGACAAGGAGAAUCUCGUUGGCAACAAGGAGCUAUCGGUGCAGCCCAAACUGGAAUCACUGGAAUCACUGAACAGGUGAUAGGAUUCGGUGGUAAGCUCGGAGGAAUUGGUGGACAGGGAGAAUCUCGUUGGCAACAAGAAGCUAUCCGUGGAGGGCAAGCGGGAAUCACUGAACAGGAGGUAGGAUUUGGUGGAAGGCAGGAAGGAUUCGGUGGUAAACUCGGAGGAAUCGGUGGACAGCAAAUUAGAAUCGGUGGACAAGAAGCAGCUUUUGAUGGACAGCAAGGAGGAUUCGGUGGACAAGGAGAAUCUCGUUGGCAACAAGGAUCAAUUGGUGGAGCGCAAACUGGAAUCACUGAACAGGUGGUAGGAUUCGGUGGAAGACAGGAAGCAUUCGUUGGAAAACUCCGAGGAAUUGGUGGACAGCAAAUUAGAAACGGCGGACAAGAAGUAGUACUUGGUGGACAGCAAGGAGGAUUUGGAGGACAGCAAGGAGGAUUUGGAGGACAGCAAAAAGUAUUUGGUAGACAACGAGAAUCUCGUUUCGAACAAGGAGCAAUCAGGCCAAUCCAAGAAGAAAUCAAUGAACAAGUUGUUGGAUUUGGUGAGCAGCAAGGAGCAUUUGGUGGUAAGCAAGGAGGAUUCGUCGGACAGGAAGUAGCAUUUAGCCGACAGCGAGGAGCAAUCGGUGGAAGACAAGAAGGAUUCAGUGCCCAGCAAAUUGGACUCGGUGGACAGGCAGUAGCAUUCGGUGGACAAGAGGCGGUCGGUGGACAGACAGGAUUUGGUUGGCAGCAAAGAGAACUUGGCGAACAGCGAGGAGGAAUCGACGGACAGAGCGGCGGAUACGUAUACUAGGAUCGUUCAUACGGCGGUCGAUGGCAUGGAUUAGAUAACAGCAAAUGGUGCUCACUGUCUGAUUAGCACGUAUGCGACGACCAACCUUCGACAUUCAUUACUGUAUACACGUCCUUUUUCUCCACGCAUAAAAUCGACUCGCAGAGAAUAAGGGAACUCAAAUAAGACGCAAUCAUGGAUUUAUCAUAAUGCACUUAGUGCCUUGCCUUUUCAUCGUCCAGCUUCGCCCUCCGGAUCGAAGAGGACAGCUUCAAAUACUUUCACGGGUUUUUCUUUCAACAUUGUAGAAUCGUCACUCACAGUUUUCCUUUCACUUUUCCCUUGCUAUACUCUUAACAUUAAUGCAUUUUAAUCUUUAUUAUUCGCUCAAUUCUUAAUUAAGAUUUUUGUAUUAAAUUUUGUAUUACUUUAAAUAAACUUUAAUAUUGUGUUA